AUGACGUUAAGAGUUGAUACGAAAACUUGGACGAGAGAUAGCCAUGAUCUGUUUGAUUAUGAAGCGCAGCAAGUUAAUAAAAAAAGUUUUUUAAUUUCAACUCCAAUUAAACUUUUUCGUUCGAAGGCGCAAGUAUCAUGUGUGGCUGAUAAUCCCCACUCCUUACCCAACACUGCGCAGGAUUACCUGCUGUCGGUGCGGCCAGAGGAAGGUACGGAUAAAUACGUAAUUACGCCCGCAGAGCACUCACUAAAUACCCAAUACAAUGUGAAGAAACUGUGGAUCAUCGUGAAAGACUUACCUGAAAAAUCAUACGCACUACACGAAAAUGACAUUAUAAAAUUAGGAAGAUUCAGAUUGAAAGUGAGGCAAUUUAUUGAUUCCGUGGAUACAUUAAAUCAGUUAAAGUUAGACGACUGCCCCUCGAAGAAAUGCGAAGCAGUUUUAGAUUCGUCAAAUAUCCAAUGUAGAAUUUGUUUGAUAGAAGGAAACCAAGAAAAUGACCCUCUGAUAUGCCCAUGUGAUUGCAAAGGGUCCAUAAAGUAUGCCCAUCUCAUGUGUUUAAGAAAAUGGAUAAACGGCAGAUUAAAUCUCAACGAUCAAUUAUUUUCCGGUUCAGUUUUCAUCAAAGAUAUAUGUUGUGAAUUGUGUAAAACGAAAUAUCCAAAAAGUAUAAAACAAAAUGAUGAACUAGUACAGCUAGUGAAGAUUCCCAAUUUGAAGACGCCACUAAUUGUGCUCGACAAUAUAAUAGGACAAACAAGCAAAGGAGUACAUCUAAUCAGUUUUGCCGAUAAAAAAUAUCUCAAGUUAGGAAGGGGACAUGAAUCAGAUGUAAGAAUCCCAGAUGUUUCUAUUUCAAGAUACCAUGCUACUAUUAAAUAUGAAAGGGGAUUAUUCAAAUUAGAAGACCACAACUCUAAAUUUGGCACACUAGUUGCAUUAAGAAAAGCGAGAGAAAUAUGUCCCAAAGAUACCAUGUCACUACAAGUAGGUCGAAGCGUUGUCAAUUUUCGAGUGGAUGAAGAAACUCCCUUCAAAAGUGGAACCAUAGAUAUUAUUGAAAAUAAGGAAGUAAUAGAGACUAACGAAUUACCUCCAGCAAAUGAUAAGAAUAAUGCCAACACACCACAAAUCAGUAACCCUAAUUUGGAGGACACUAACAGAAAUAACAUGGAGACAAACCAUUAUGUAGACCUCACCAACUCUACCAACUCCAUACAAAAUUCCUAUUCCUCGUACCGUGUGGACAACUUGAUGUCCCUACUCAAUUAUCAAAAUGAGUACAGAAUUUUCGGCAUCAGAAAUUGCUACAAUUUGAUUGACAACAGGAACGGGAAUCAGCCAAAUGUUUCUCAAAUGGACUGCGUGGGGGGGAAUAAUAUCAAUAUAGGGGACGGUAAUCUUCAUGGAGGAGAAAGCAAUAAUAAUGGGGGGAUGAUUAGUGAGCAGAUGGGUAUGCAGAUGGGCAUGCAAAUGGGUAUGCAAAUGGGUGUACAAAUGGAUUUACAAAUGGAUGUUCACAUGGGCGGCCUCCAACUUGGAUCCGAUAUGGGGGCACAAAAUAACGACCCAGGUAACCCUGGCAAUGAUGAAGAGAGGUCCUGCAACGUAGGACAUACCAUCCAGUGUGACGGGGAUGGCGACGAAAACGACGCCAGUAAUGAUAGCCACAAUGACGCUAACCAUAACAACAAUGAUGAGGAGGACAAUGACGAAGACAACGAUAACGGUGACAAUAGUAACGAUGAAGAGGGUGAUGAUAUGAGCGUACAUGAUGAGGAGGACGACGAUGACGAUGAUGAAAACGGAAGCGGCAUGAAUAAUACUGGAAGCAGCGGGGGAAAUAGUGGUGGCACCAGCGGAGGAGGGUCCACUGGUGGAAACAGCAACGGAAAUGAAGGAAGCGGAAAAGAACAUGGAAAAAAAAACAGUAAUCAGAGUAGCAACAAUAGCAUCAAUGAUAACAAUGAUUCCAACCAAGACCAAAGUAGUAACUACCAUGGGAGUACCGCCAACCUAAGCGGAAUUAAUACCCGCUCGUGUAACACCAAAAAGUGCAGUAAUAGCAGUUAUAAUAAAAUUGUACAAAAUGAUAAAAGUGUCAGCAACAUGUGUCAAGACGGAGGCAGAUCGACGAGAAAUGAAAUCGGCACAUAUUGCGUCAACAUGGCUGUGCAGAAAGCCUCCAGAAAUAGAAGCUCUAAGAAUUUGUACAACAAUUGCAAAAGUGCCGUAUCACUUGUGAUGAGUAAAUACGACAACGUAAGUUUCAUUCAUAAUGUUAGCAACAAUAAUGGAAAUCACCAUAGCGACAGUUACCCGAUCAGAAGCAACAGGAGGGAAUACACAAAAGUCAGUAUCGAAGAUAAUUACUUCUGUGGCAACGAAUCCAAGACCCCCCGACAGGUGGGCUACUGCCUAAACAGCGAAACUGUUAUUGAUAUGCUCACAUCGAAUUGCAGCACAAGUUUGAAAAAAAUUCAAGACGCAGUAAUGAACAGCAGCUACCACAAUAAGGAUCCUAACGAAUGUCCCUUUAUCCAGUCGGUCUACCACAUCAACGGUAAUAAUGAUCAAAAUAUUGUCAACGUUAUGUAUAGCGGUGCCAACGAAACAAUAAACAAUAGUGGCGCAUAUGUAAACGAAACUCCAUUAAAAGGUAAAAAAUUUCUUAACGGUGUAUCCAUCCAAAGUCAUGACAAAGCAGCAGGCAAUAGUAGUCAUAAUAGUAAUAAUAGUAGUAGUGGUGCGUACCCGUCUCAUAAUUUUUUAAACGAAAUAAACCAACCAAAUAAUGGUCCUAGUUAUAAUUCCCUUAUGACCUUUUUUCCUACCUUUAUUAAUUUGAACCAUUGCUCUAUAAAUUUUAAAAAUGGCAUGUUACCUAAAUUUGUUGGGAGCACUUCUCCUUUUCUUCAUGACCUGUGUGACAAUCCGAUGAGUAACCUUUUGACUGGGGAUAACUUAAACAACAGUGCGUGUUACCGCGCUAGUGAUAGUAGUGCCGGAGUGCUGGACGAGGGAGUCAUCUUAAAGACACAACCCCAAAUGCACAACGGUAGCAAUGAUCCAACCACCACGUCCGAAGGAAAAGAAUUUGUCCUAAAAAAAAAAAUGAAAAAAGGAAAUUUGCAAAAGAAAAAUGUUGUCCUAGAUACUCUAAAAAAGAAAAAUACACGUAAUAAGAAGUUGAAGAGGUCUGUAAAUAGCACCAACGUGGAGACAACGCCACAGCACCAUGUAGACUAUAGCAACAAAAAUAACAAUUUCGUGGACCCAUGUAAUGAUGCAAGUGUAGAUGGAGCAAGUGCCCCAGAGGAAGGUACUUUUUAUGAUGAACAAUGUAAUGUGUCGAAUUAUGCGAAAAAAGAUUUUUUAAAAAAUAGCUUAUCGCCAAGUGGCAUUUCACCACAUAGCAUCUCUGGGCAACUGUCACUAAGCACAUCCUUAGACUCCGCUUCUCCUAGCAAGGUGUGGCAAAAUUGCUAUUACAAGAAGAAACCCUACAAUGAGGGGUCGCCUUAUAACGAAAAAUUUUACUACGAGUGCGCAGAGGAUUAUAAGUUUGGAAGUGUCAAGGGAAGUUACAACAAGAGGAACGAUAUGGGAAGUUCUGAGAACGACCGAAGUAGCAAUGGGAGGAGGUCUUCCAUUGACAGAAGAUGUAACGACGGGGGAGACACUCAAGUCGGAAGCAACAGCUGCGACAACGGUAGUGUGAUCGGAGGCAAAUUACACCCGCAGCAAUACCCCCAUUGCCUCGACUAUUACAAUGCCAAUUACAAACUCUACAACGUUAUCAACUUCAAUGAAAAAUUUAGUGUCCAUAGGAACACAUCCCCUAACCACUUCAGCACAAUCAAUUGCCUAAGUGACAAAUUUGGCUACCAUACCCGGGGUGGGGUCAUGCGAAGUGGAAAUAUUGAGGCAGAUUUUCUUUUAAAUAACUACGGCAUGGGUACACCUCCAACCCACUUUGGCAUGCCUGUCGCAUUGUACAACAACUGUAUUAGGGGAUCGGGCAUGUUCUAUGUGAACACCGAGAACGGAGUUAGCGCCGGCAGUAGUGGAAGUAACUGUAUUGGCAGCACCAAGCAACAGAAUAGUAUGCAUAACCAUGAUAACGGUGAAGCACGAAAUGAGUGCAUGGUUCAGGCUAACCAGAACUGUGAGGAAUACAUGAAUGAGUGCCAAAAGGGGAGAAAUGGAGAACAAGACCCAACUGAUGAUCGUAGCAGCAACAUCGAAACGCACUUGCGUUAUGAUAAUAAUAACGUCGCAGGGGAUUGUAACUUCCAUUUGGAAAAUGUCUACAGUGAGGAUGUUGUUCGAAACGGCUGUGGUGGAAAGGAAGCCUUCGAUCGGGGGUGCAGCUACGGAUCGGGCGACAUUAUGCAAACAGCCCAAACGAGCCAACUGAAUGGACAGGAACAGAGCAGCAACUUUUUGGACCAAAGCGGGAACCCGCUUUCUAUGACAAGCCAGGAUUUAUUGUCGAAGCAAAAAACAUACUCCAACAAUGGAGGCAAUAUACAAUGCACCGGCGGGAGUGACAACAAGAGCGUAGACGAUCCGCACGCGUAUACACCCCCGAGACACUCGUACUACCACGCCCAGAUGCAUAAGAAGAUCAACCCCAGCGUAAAAAAAAGUGACGAAAAGAGGACUAGUAAAAUGAACAAAAAUCAGAAUGACAAAUCGAGUGAUAGUAACAUCAGGAAGGUCAAAAAUGGAAGAAGACUCAGGAAUAAGAAAGACCAAAGUGGUGAUCACUGUGAAGGGUUUCAAACUACGCCAAGCAUAAACAUAGUAGAAUCGCAGAUUGCUCUUGAAUGUAGCACAAGCUGUGAAAAGAAAGCGGAAACCCAUUACAAUAAUACUCCUUACAAAGAGGAUAUCAUGUCGAUUCAUAAAAUCCCUAAUGAUCAUAUAGGAUUUCUCAACGUAGCCAUGAAUAGCAAUCAUGUUAGGGAGGCAAACAUUAACAAAUCACCGAGAGCAGCAUUUCCUAACUUGCACGCAACCGCUUUCAUACCAAAUGAACAGAUGUAUUUUCAUAUGUACAAUAACAGUGCUUUUCCGGUGCACCCUGAUGUAACCCUAAACAUUAUCAAUAAUCAUAAGGCCCUGAAUGAGGAUAAUAUCUACCGGAAGGAGGAACGGGUGGUGUAA